UGGAUAACAGGAUGUGAGUUGAGCUGUUUUGGGGUGAGGCGGCGCGUCGUGGGGUGCACAACUGUCUGCGUGUUUGCGCAGUUUCGCUGCGUUUCAUCCACUCUGGAUAAACCGAAACAGGGGGUUUAGAUCGCCUGGGGCUCUGCAGCGCAGUGUUCAAAUCUGCGAAAAUCCCCGAGCAGGCCGCUGCACGACAGACUCCUCACACAGCCAACGUCUCAUGUGUGGUUUACUCGUUGAUGCGGGGAGAAAGUUGUGGACAUGUUUUCCUGAAGUGCACUGUUUUACGGAUACACUGUGCAACAGUGUAACUGCGGCGUUAAUGAGCCUCUGAGGACUUUGGAUUAUGUUUACGUGUGAUUGUAAACUCGCCUGUUCGCCAUAUUGCGCGCUGUGAAACUCGAGGGAAAGUUGUCAGAGUUAUGACAUUUGCUGCGCACAAUCCCUUCAUGGGGCUGCAUGCAGUCGACUUUGAUCGAAACCAAAGUGACUCCAUGGAGCUGGCCAUGGAGAGCUUUGUGCACCAUUGAUCAGGUCUGGCACCAUAAAGAGGAUGAGAAGAGUGGACAGCAAAACUCAGAUUUAACCCUGGAUGGAUGGCUGCAUGCUCCCCACUGCACUUUCCUAAAGGAUUUAUAUUUCCUCUCGAAAUACCACUGUUUUCAGAAUUAAACAAAGAUUUCCUCAGCCACAGGAAGUGAAAGCACACUACAGAGGCAACAGCUGAGUGGUUUUCAUGCUCAUAGAUCAAGAUUGCGAGCUCUGGCGCCAAUAUUUUUGUAACUUAUAUUAGUAUGAGUCUUCCCUCACAAGUUAAUACUGACAAAAGCGGCAAGCAUCGGGCUGCAGCCAUGAAAGAGCCUGUGCAGCAUUCAGGGGAGGUUUAUUAUGGCAUGGGACCUCCGGCUGUAGAGUCGGCCCACAGUGAUUCUGCAAGCAGCUCUGGUGUUUACAACCCAGAGAAAGGGCCCCAGAGUCUACCACACUAUCAACAGGCUGCUCCGGUAAAGUGGAUGCAUCAGGACUCCAUACAGGCCCCCGGCUGGUCUCAGGAAGCUCCUUUGCCAGCCUGGGGGCAGAACUUUGGCUCCUAUAUGAGUGGAGUGAAUGUCAGGGGUCAGAUGGCGUUCCACAAGGGAGUUCAUGAGAGUGUAGCUCUCCCGAUGGGGGGAGAGAAUCAACUGUCGGGGCCUGUUGAGGCUUUCAGAGAUGCCACCCAGGCUCAGGCUCAGGCUCAGGCUCAGGCUCAGGCUCAAGCUCAAGCUCAGGGGAGGGGGCUCGAGUGGGAGCAACAUGCUGCGGCUGCAAUGCACCAGGCUCAGCUGCAGGCCUACCAACAUGCCCACAAAGGCGUGGAGCUCCAAGGUCAGCCCCAUGUGCCUUCUCACCCAAUGCAAGGGUCCAUGCUGCAGCCCUUCCAGGCAACAUUUAGGCCCGGCAAGCAGUUUUCAUCCGGUUAUUACUCUGUUUUUCCAGGCAACAAGGGAGUGCCGAGCCUGGUGUACGGCGAGCAGCCUAAAACUCAACAGCAACUGCUGCACCAGAUGCAGCAGCAGCAGCAAAUGCAUCACCAUCACCAGCAGCAACAACAGCAACAACAGCAGAUCCAUCAGCAACAUCACCUCCAGUUGCAACAGCAGCAACAUUUACAGCAACAGCAACAAAUCCAACAGCAUCAAAUGCAGCAGCAGCAACAGCAGCAGCAACUGCAGCACAUGCAGCAACAGUAUCACCAACAACAGCUACAGGAGCGACAGCAACACAUUCAACAAAUGCAACAGCAGCAGCAAUUGCAACAACCAAAUGUGCCACAGCAAGAAACAACACAACAUCACGUGCAACCAAAGCCACAACAAAGCCAAAACUUCGUGACUUAUCAGCCUCCUGAACCUUGUCCACCUGACACCGUACCUCAAAAGAAAGAUAUCCAGUCAGUGGAGCUGCAGCAGGAACCAGAGGCUCAAACCCACAGUACAUCAUCCGUACCCAAUCUAUGCCCCGAAAAAGUUGUCACAAAUCCCGCAGAGCCUUCGGAUGCAGCAAUGGCUGCACCUCGGCGCUCGCGCCGCCUUUCCAAAGAAGGGCAGUCCCCACUGGGUUCCACUUCGACAAACAUCUGGCCUCAAGCAUCCAAAGAGCCUCCACCAUCCCAGAAUGGAGUAGCAAGCACUCAGGCUGUAAGAGGAGCGGAAAGCCAAGCGCCAACAGGAGGCGUCAUCCAGAUCACCAGCAGGAGAAGGAGGGCAUCUAAGGAGAUCAACUUGGAGACUCUGGCCCAGCAAGCAUCAAAAAUGGAGCCUGCUAAAAUGGUUAAGCAGGAAGACGGUUCUUCAGGCAGACAGGCCACCAUGGUGCCUCUGGUUAUCCCCGUAUCUGUGCCAGUGCACAGGAGUCAGACAGAUCCUCAAAGUGGCUGGGCUCAGGGAAAACUCGGCCCGGGUGAGCGGCCUGCAGGACAGUCCGAUCGCAAGCCUUCUGUUAUUGUAGCUCGUCGGCGAUCGCUGAGAAACUCCGUGACAGAGAGUUUUGACCAGGACGGGGAAAACGAUGCAGGACUGGACGAGGAUGGAAAAUCCAAAUUGAAGCGCCGAAUUCGACCCGAGCCUCUCAUUAUCCCUCCACACAAACCAUCCACCUUCAUCCCUCCAUCCCUCUACUCCACCAUCACUUCCUACCAGAGCAACCUGCGCUCUCCAGUGCGCCUGCCCGACCACCCCGCCUCACUGCCCCCAUACACCCCUCCACCCAUCUUGUCUCCAGUGCGCGAGGGCACAGGACUCUACUUCUCCACCUUCCUGACUAACAUCGCAAGCAACCAAAUCCUACCACCACCGCCGCCUACACCCAAAUCUGCAACACGCAGUCUGCUGCGCUCCUCUAGCUCAGAAGUCACACCUCCUGUUCUGCCCUUGAUCGCUGAUGCCACCCCCGUUAGCCUCGAACCGCGUAUCAACAUUGGGCAGAAGUACCAGGCAGAAAUUCCAGAGUUGCAAGAUCAACUUUCCUCCCAGUUUGACCAGCACAAGGCUGACUUGGUUUGGCUACCUACGGAUGACUCCCUGCUCAAACACAGUGAUCGAGAGAGGAUGGAGGAUUUGAUGAGCAUGGCUUGUUCCAGUGUGCUUAGAGGUGGAGGAACCAACCAGGAGCUGGUUUUACACUGUUUACAUGAAUGUGGAGGUGAUUUCCUUGAAAUGCUGGGACGUUUGAUGCUUCAGGACCCAGUUUUCCCCAAAGGCCAUCACCUGUCAGGUUAUCACUACUCAGGCUCUGACUGCUGGACGGCAGAAGAGAAGUGUUACUUCAAUAAGGGAAUCUCUGCCUACAGGAAGGACUUCUUUAUGGUGCAGAAACUGGUGCGGACCAAGACUGUGGCUCAGUGUGUAGAGUUUUACUACACGUACAAAAAGCAGGUGAAGAUUGGUCGCAACGGGAUUUUAACCUUUGGCCCUCCGGAUUCACCAGGGGAGAAGCACCCGGAGGCUGUGGUAGAUGUUAAGAGUUCGCAGCAGUCAAAGUUGACAGAUGGAGAUGACAGGAAAGAUGUUUCUUAUGCUCAAACCCAUGAGAGCAGCCAGCAGGCGAGGGUUGCUCAGUCACUACAGGCUCAUGACUAUGCAGGAACAAUGGUGAUGAUCCAAGAGCCCAACACCAUAAAUAAGGAGGCUUCGCACCCGGCAGCACCUCAAAGACCUCGGGCUGAGCCUGCAGCAAAGAAGAGCAAAGCGCCAGUAAAGCCUCCACAGGAUCCAGAUGCAAUAUUUCCAUGCAAGAAAUGUGGAAGGGUGUUUUAUAAAGUGAAGAGUCGAAGUGCCCACAUGAAGAGUCAUGCGGAGCAGGAGAAGAAGGCUGCAGCACUGCGUCAGAAAGAGGAAGAGGAGCAGGCAGCAGCUGAAGCUCGGGCCAGAAAGGCGGCGGUGGCGGCGGCGGCAGCAGCAGCGGCAGCGGCAGCACAUCAGGGAGGAAAUGGGAACGGAGUAACAGAGCAGGCGGAGGUCAGCAGCCAGGAAGACUCAUCUGAGGCAGAGGAUGACGAUGAUGAAGACUGGCACUGAUAGACAAAACACGGGAGAAAAUCAAUGAGAAGAUUGGAUUGGUGGGUAAACAAAGAGUGGAGAUGGAGAUCUGAUGGGGGGGUGGGGUGAAAAACAAGAUGUGCUGCCUCAUGGAGAGCAGAAUAAGAUCUACCUGUUAACCUUCACACUCCUUCCCUGGCUGACACUGGCUCUGGUGUGACCGUUUUCCUUCAGCCAGGCAGUCACACUCCACAGUCUCACACGUUUGUAUCUUUUAAAUAUUCAGAGGAAGUUUAUUUUUUGUAAAUGCACUUAAACGCUUCUGCUUUUUGCCAAUAUUGCCUUUUUAUAUCAUUUAUUUAAUUGAAUAUAUGUCAUUAUACAUUUUCAUGGAGUGAAAUUAAUGGUUAUGUGAUAUUUCAUACGGUAAGUUUAGCAAUAAUACAUCAAGAUCAAAGCAAUCUUUUCACUUUGUAGCAGCAGUCCUUUUAAAUACGUAUAGAGUAAGAAUUUGUAUUUAAAAUGUUUUUCUUAGGAAAAUACUGUGCUGAAUUUUGCAAAUUUCCGUCAGACUUUUAGGUUGGUAUACACUUAUUUUUACAACUAAGGGACCUUUGAAAUGAAUAUGUACAAAAAAGUAUAUAUGAAAUCGCCAUAUAUUUAUGAUACUGCAUUUUGCAAUGAUUUUGGUAAUAUAAUAACUAAUCAUAUCAGCUGAAAUAUGACUUGUCAAUUGAAAAGUUUAUUAAAAAGCUCUACUGUCAA